AGAAGUUCACAUUCCCGGGGCUUCCUCGCUGUGCUGGGCUCGUCCGUCUACUGUACCGCUGAACAUUUCUUGGAGAAAUCUUAAGACAGGACUCCAACAACUUUAGUAAGAGAAAGCCUGCAGUUUCAAAUCUUGACGGUGAGUGAAAUACUUGAAGUCAGUGUGUGUUUUGAAAGAGUAAAGUGUGAAGAGACUUUUUUGGGCGAUUCCUCAGAGAUAUGAGGCGUCUACGAGUUACUUCCUGCUCUGACAAGGCCGAGAUCCUAAGUUAGGUUUUAGCUCAAUCAGCUAAUGUGGUGGGCGUAAAAGUCUAACAUUUCCCUCCUAUUUGUCGCCUUUUGUUACAUAGAGGGGUAUAUAUCUUGCUUAUCUUUGAUUCAAAACUGUUUAUACAGUCUUUUUGGAUUUCACCUAGUCUCUUUGACUGUAUCGGCAAACACCAUUAACUUCAGCUCUGAGCUGGACUCCCAUCUGGACACAGCUGUAAAAAUGUUCUACUCUUUGUCAAAAAAUGAUAAAAGCGAAACUAUUUCAAGAUGCUAACUUGUCUAAAAAUGUGAGGAGAAGUCCAAACACUCGGAUCCACCCAUUAACAUUCGUGUUUUGACCUCAGCACUUUCUGAAGCCUCAGCGUUUACAUGAUAAACUUGUAAUUAGGAACCAAAAUAGGGAAUAGGAAGCAUAUGAGGCAUAGGAGGGUAUACUUACAGUACACUCUAUCUGCCUGCCUGCUCUGUGUUGGUAACAGGGAGAGUUUACAGGCAGAGCAAAUCUCUGAGCCCUUUGGGGAGUUGUCUUUCUCUGUUCAGAUCCCAUAUGGCACAAGGGCUACACAGGCCUAAACGAGAUAAGAUAUAAGAUAGACCUUUAUUAGUCCCAUAGUGGGAAAUUCCAAAAGUUAUAGCAGCAUAGAUACAAAUGCUGCUGAUUAGUCUGAUCAUGUUUUAUCAAUAUUGGAAUCUCUAUCAUUGAUCACAAACACUAAUUUAUUCCAGAGACGUUUCCCCCUGUUUGUUGCACUUUUUGCCUGUGUUGACCAAGAGCAAUUGGCCAAAUUUAGCAUCGAACAGCAUCAAAACUUCACUGUUAUAAGAGUUUUGACUGAACUUUUAGGGGAUAAAACUGACUGUUAAAUGUGCUAGUUUCACAUCAACUUGAGGGAUGCUGGAUGUUUGCUGAGUGUAGCAAGGCUUUAGUUUUGCUUCUGCUUCUGACCCAGUGUUUAUUUAUACAUGUGUGUCUGGGUGUCACAUGAGUAUGAGACUAAAUAAAGGUGGAACUAAAUGCAAAAGUAUCAUACAGUUAGAAAUACCAGAUAAUUAGAAUUUACCGGAGCUCCCAGUGCCACUUUUAUGGUAUAUUUUUGUUAAUCCAGGGGUCCCAAAUCUAAAGAGGUGAAAUGUACACACAUAUAAAAACAAAAGCUAUGAUUUAAGCAGAAAUAAAUUAUUUUCGUAGGUUAUUUGCCCGUAAAGUAAUCAAACUCCUCUUAUUUCCUAACAGCCUCAUGUUAUUGCCCAAUAAAAUGUCCCCUCACUGUCUUUGAAUCCUUUUAUGUGCAUAAUUCUUUCCCUUAAAAGACCUGCCUCUUCUUCCUCUUCUUCUCACUCAGGGUUGGGUCCCCUCACCCACAGCACCCCACCAUGCCCCUGGUUACCAGGAACAUAGAGCCGCGGCACUUGUGUCGCCAGACCCUUCCUUCCACCAUCCGCAGUGAGCUGGAAUGUGUCACCAAUAUCAGCCUGGCCAACAUCAUCCGCCAGCUGGGCAGCCUCAGUGAGUAUUUACUGUAUCUUAGCAAACAUGGUGUUAGUGGUUUUAACACAUGGCAAAGGUGUUGCUUGUAUCAAAAAACUGAAAAUGUGUGACCUUGCAUUUAUUGUGCAUGCAAAGAACGCAUACUCAAAGCUAAAUCAUAAACCCGUGUGUUAUAACUUGUGUGUCUGUGUCUGCAGGUAAAUAUGCGGAGGAUGUGUUUGGGGAACUCUUUGUCCAGGCAGGAGCAUUUGCAAUCAGGGUGAACACUCUGGGAGAAAGAGUGGAUCGUCUGCAGGUUAAAGUCACCCAGCUAGACCCCAAAGAAGAGGAAGGUAAGCACUCCUUAGUUUUACUGAAACUAUCACUGCUACCAAUACUAGGGUUCAUACAGCGUAUUGACAUGAACUUUGGAAAUAAAACACUUACUCCAGUUUAGAUUAUACUAAGUUUUCGAGAUGAUAACCUCCUUCUCCUUGAGCUGCAUUAAUAUUCAAUGUCACCCUCUCGGUUUCUCCCCCAGUCUCUCUGCAGGCCAUCACCACCCGCAAGGCCUUCCGCAGCAGUCUGACCCAGGACCAGCAGCUCUUCACCAGGCCUUCUCUGCCAAUGCCAGUGCAGGACACCUAUGUAACCUGCAACCCUCCUCCGCCUCUCAACCACCUCAGCCAGUACCGGUGAGCUGAAUCAUAGAUGCGUAUUCUGGGCUCAUCGUCAUUCACAGGAGCACGAUACAGGAGCAAAGAUGGAAACACGUGCAUGCUCAUGUGGGGACGGGGGAACCCCCACAUGAGCAUGCCAUAUUUUUGUCAGGAUGAUGAAUUAUUCAGACCCACCUCUCUGAUGCACACAUUUCAAACUUCAGUAAGCAGUAGCUCCUACACUGUGACUGUGUUUGGUUUAAUGAGCUCAAGUCUGAAAAAGAGCGAAGUUAGGGUGACAGCUUAUCAUAUUUAUAGGAGAAAACACGAAAAAUCUGUAAUCGGUAAGUGCAGCACUGGCAUCAAUGCAGAGUAAAAUGAGAGUGUGAAAAAUUCCAAACUCAUUGCUAACAGAUUAAAUAUGCUUUCAUGCUGCAGAUCUUUAGGUCAUGUGAUUGUUUGCUUGUAAGGAAGUGUUUGACUGUAGAAGAAGGCCUGUUGCUAUAAAAGGUGUCUUCUGUAGUACUCAAAAGGGAAGUUAAAUGGCUUGUUCAGUAUCAGAGCUUGACACUAACUUUUUCACAAGGAGCACAUGUGUUCCUAAAUUGAAAAAGUAAGAAGCACACAAAGAACUUUAGGGGCACAGUGAAAAUUGAUCAAAUAAUGUGUGUCUUAUUGACUAAACUUAGUAAUAUGAUUUGAAAUCAAUUUUAGGUCAAUUGAUCACUUGACAUAGAAGCUAUUGAAGGAAAACUGUCUUUUUUUCAGAACAUCAACCGGUAAUUUAUUGAUGAUCCCUUAUUCAACACCCGACAUUGACAGUGAGGGUGCCGAGUAGAUUUAACCACGCUGCUCUUGCCAUUCCCGGUUAAAGACACCAGUAGAUCCGCAGUGAAUGUCUGUUGAAUCUCCUACUUAAAACUAACUUCACUGCAGUAUUUACAUGAAAAAACAUUUGUUGCCUCUGCUGAUUUUUCUUUUUUCUGCGCACAUGUGCCCCUAAAUACAUUUUACAAUUUGCACAGAUCUUUUUUAGUCACAAAUGCACUGUCAAGCCCUGUAUACGCUAAUGCAGAUAAAGAUUAGUUAGCAGCCACUAAGUCAUGUCUAAGAAUGCAAAAUGACAAAACAAGCUGAUAGCUGACUGUAAUCAUGACAUGAACUUGGCUCUCUGCAGGGACGAUGGAAAAGAGGCCUUGAAGUUUUACACUGAUCCCUCCUACUUCUUCGAUCUGUGGAAGGAGAAGAUGCUCCAGGAUACCAAGGACAUCAUGAAGGAGAAACGCAAGCACAGAGUGAGACUCAGAAAGAUCCGCACAGAAGAAAAACAUCACAGACGUAAAGUGAUAACAAAACCGCUGAGACUGUUUCUCAAUGUUUCCUUUUUGAGCAGAAGGAGAAGAAGGACCACCUGAACCAGCGAACACUCAAUCCCAGAAAAAUCAAGACCAGGAGGGAGGAAUGGGAGCGUCGCAAGAUGGGGGAGGAGUUUGUGGUGCCAAAGAACGAAUUGAUGUAAGUUGAUGGAUAAAAUGUAUUAGAGAAGAGCUGCUAUAGUCUAAGGCCUACCUCAGUAAAAACUCAGACUCAGGACUUGAAUGUAACAACCAGUCUCCCUUGUCUUAUCCACUAAUCUGUAAACAGAGAUUUGGUCGGUAUGUCCUGUCUGAAAGUGUUGACAGGAGGUUUGCUGUAGUGCUGGAAAACCGUCAACUGGGUCUCGUUCAUGUUGGUAAAUCUGUGUGAAGAGAGAAACUCAGAUUUGAUUGGCUGUUCACUUAUGCCCAUCAUUCAUAAAUUGCUUGUCAAUUAAACCCUGAUGAAGUACAUUUCAUGUUUGUUACAGUUAAUUAACUCAUGAAUUGGUAAGCAGUAAAAUGAAAGUGUAAACUGGAAAGCUCAACAGAUAAAAUGAAGCUGCUCAUUACUGCUGUAGAAGUAACUGCUCUUAAUUUUAUGAACGUAGUCACCACAGGUUUCACUCUUACUACUUGUGCGACCCUCUUUGACUAAAUUUGAGAUGUGUUCUGCUGAAGGUUUUCAGGGUUAUUUCUCAUAAACAUGCUAUGUCUGACCUACAGUGUGUUUUUAUUUAUCAACCUCAUUUACAUAUCGAGGUUUCAGAAAGUUCCUGUGUCAUCUGAUUGUGCUGUCUUACGUCUCGCUCUAAGGAACUCCUCUGAGGGUCUGAAUGGCAGUAUUGGAUCUGGAGAAGGCUUCAGUUCUGAAGGCCUGGAUCAAAGUACCAGCUCCUACUCAUAUGACCCCAGCUCUCCACUCUCGCCACCUGGCACUGAUGACUUCCUGCCACCUCCGCCCCCAGAUAUGGGGUAAGUAGCAGCUGAAAUAAAUGAGUGAACAAGCCCUCACAACAUUCAACAACUACACAGGAACUAACUGUCAGCCUGUGAUUCCUCUGUCAUGAGUUGAGAAUGAGCAGAAGUUUAAGGGUUAUAAAGGAUGAAGGUGAACUUGUUGUUUUUAACCUCCUCUUCCUCACCUGUAGGUAUAAUGAUGGACCGGCCCCGAAGCGUGUCAGCAUGUUCAGCCCAAGCCACCCACCUCCUGCUCCCCCCAUGGCCACUCCUGCAUCCAACUCUCGCCCCAACAUGGCUCCUCCCCCUGCCCCUCCUCCUCCUCCUCCGCCUUCUGGCUUCGGAGUUCCUCCGCCUCCCCCUGGCUUCGACUCCCCGCCUUCCCCUCCCCCUCUUACCUCUGGUUCCUCUGCCUAUCCCUCCCCACCUGCUCCUCCUCCUCCACCAUCCAUGUCUACUGUUUGUCCUCCUCCUCCACCACCUGUACCUACAGGUGGUGGUCCACCUCCUCCCCCACCACCUCCUCCUCCUCCUGGCCCUCCUCCAACAUCCAUGCCUGCUCCCCCUCCUCCCUCUGGUGGAGGGACAGCCCCAGCGGCUCCCAAACCUCAGCCAGAGCCUGAGGGUGAUGCUCGCAGUGACCUGCUGCAGGCCAUCAGACAAGGUGAGAGACACAGAACAAACACACAGACAACCAGCUUCAGACCGACCUCCAUGCUAGUUGACUGAAUUUGAAAAGUUCCAACUAUUAACCAGUUGUAACCCUCUGUCUUGACUCCCUUUUAGGUUUCAACCUGCGUAAAGUGGAGGCACAAAGAGAACAGGAAAAGAGGGAUCACUUUGGCAAUGACGUGGCCGCCAUCUUGUCCCGCCGUAUCGCUGUGGAGUGCAGCGACAGCGAGGAUGACUCAUCAGAGUUUGAUGAUGAUGAAUGGUCCGAUUGAUCUACCUUUACCCACACUACCACCACCUCUGUAUCUUUCCUCAGCUGUAAAUAUCCUCAGUGUGUUUCCAUUCACAUAACAGUCUUAGGUAUCCAUGAAGCAGAGGAACACAGUGUGUGCGAUUUUUGAGUUUGUGCACACAGUUUUUCUGUGCCACCUGUUACUAAUCACAUUCCCUGACCCAUUUAUUUGUGUUUCCCUAAUAUGACAAAGAUCAAAGUCUGAAGUGUAAGGCAGAGAGCACACGUCGGUGCGCGGAGUUGUGUGUUAAUUUGCAGAUGCUAUAAUUAGAUGACACAUUGCUGUUGAUGUGAGAGAGUGCGUGAUGUGAUGCACGUCUCUGUGCUGAGCCUGUGCGUAAGCAAACCACUUACAUGUCUGUGUAAGUGACUCAGACUCGGAUACCUGAGGCUCCUGGAUUAAUAUCUGGUUUUAUCUGACUUGGUUAAAAGAAUGAUGGAAGGGGAACACGCACAUGCACACACACGUACACACACACAUGUAUUUACUCUGUGGGAAGACACAGAUGCCCAGACUUUCCCGCUCAUUCAUAGAUAAUAUUAUAAAGAUGUAAAGUUUAUAUUGCUUGUUAUAUUCAAUAUAUUCCAGAUAUUUUUUAAAAUUUAUAAUUUACAUCACUUUUUCUUUCCUAAACUUUCAUACUCUUUCUUUUGAGUAGUAGAUGAGGCAUCGAAAUAGCUUGUAAACAGAAUCAUGAAUGAAUAAUUCAGUGUGAUAAAGAGAGAAUACUGGGUCAUUACAGACACCUGGGGUGUUUGAUGAGAGCAUAUUGGACAUAUGCAGACGUCUUACAUGAAAACCAUGAUUCAGACUGUAGCUCUGUUCUCUACUCCUUCCUUCUGUUAUUUUAUAUUGACUCUUUCUGGGGAUAAACUCGGCUCUAAUGCUUUAAUCACUGUGCUCCGUGUAUAAUCAGGCAGCUUUUGGCCUCCUCCUGCUGCCUGCUAAGUGCCUUUUUUUGUACUGAAAUUCAGCGUCAGUGCAGGUGUGUUUUGUUUGACCACACUGGUCCCUGAUCAGCUUAUUCCAAAUAUGUUAACAGCUGCCAUUAAUGAGUCAGAUGUAGGAGCGACUGAUGUUUUGUGUGGACCACAUUAUUUCUAAGUGCCUUUUAUUUUAUAUGUACAAUCAGACAGCGUGCUUUGCCAAAGUUCUGCUUCAUCUGCCUUAAACUUCCAUGUGAUUAUGUUAUUUGAAUAAAAAGAGUGGAUUACAGUGACUUUUCAGAUUCCUGCCCUGUGAUUU